CUUCCACGCUCUCGAAAGUGUUUCCCAGCCUUAUUUUCUUAUGAUAAAUUCAAGAUAGGCCGACAGGUAGAACGAUGGGUACGACGUGCGUUAGAAAAAGGAGUUCCAGGAUUGCGCGAAGAAUUUUUGAGCUUGAAGAGGUAUUGUCCAGAUGAUAUGACAACAAAUGCAUUUCAAGGCACUUACGAGACCGGGAAAUCUCGGUACAAGGAUGUUCCAUGUCAGGAUAAGUACCGUGUCGUGAUUCAUUGGCCUGGUGUAGCUGAGGAUUAUAUCCAUGCAAAUUACAUAGCCACACCAAUUAACGAAAAACGCUUUAUUUGCACUCAGGGUCCCAUGCCAAAUAGCGUGAUUGAUUUUUGGCAUAUGGUAAUACAAGAAGAAUCUGAUUGCAUUGUCAUGCUCACGAAUACGAUAGAAAAAGGCUUAAAUAAGUGUGAACAGUACUGGCCAAAUGACUGUGGACAAACUGCAACAUACGGCGACGUUAUUGUAACCAAUGCGGGGGUACGAUCAUUGGCACCAGAGGAAACAACCGUACGGGUAUGUAUCCUUAAGGUACACACUGGUCGUGAUCGAACACGUGAAAUACGUCACUAUCAGUGGGUGAAUUGGCCUGAUCGUGGAGUACCCCCAUGUAGGCUUACUUCAAUGGUUGGUAAAAGUGUGCUGUUGUCUAAUAUUCGUGGUACAAAAAAACCAAUCGUAGUACAUUGCUCCGCUGGUAUUGGUAGGACCGGUGCUAUUGUAGCUAUUGAAUAUAUACUGGAAAAAUUACAACAAGGAAUUGCAUGUGAAUCGAUGGAUCAAAUUCUUAAAGAACUUCGUAAUCAACGGCCUUAUACAAUACAGAAUGAUAUGCAGUAUCUCUUCGUGCACCGAGUGAUGUUAUUUUACUUUAUUGAUAAAUACAAGGUAUUUGCUGAUAAUGAGGAAGUAAUGUCGAAGUACAAACAAUUUGUAACUGAUUAUGAUAAAGCUACUUAUUGA